AUGUCUGACCGGAUCUUCUACAUUAACGCUAACUUGUCUUCUGUCCCCUGGGCGGGCAGCACAGCAGCUGUGGCUCCUGUUUCUCCUCCCACACCUGGCUACUACCAUCUCCUCUACCGAGGGUGUGGAGAAACCCGGGUGUGCUGGCAUGGGGAGACGUACUGCCUGGUUGGAGGCUACCGGGUCUAUGGGGAUGCUCCUGUGGCCACCCCAGCAAAGGCGGAAGCAGAGAAGCCAGGCCCCAGGCGGGGUCUCAAGAGACGCCGAGCUCUGGCAGAGUCAGACGAAGACCCAGGCUGCUCUGGCCCCAAAAUUCGGCGUUUACAGCACAGUGCCAGGAGGCUGACCCACCAGAAGCUUGCUGGCUGA